AUGGCCAUCAUUGAAAACGAUAAGGAAACUCCAAUUUACUUGGUUAACUUCGAAAACUAUCUCAAACCCAAAGCUCAAUCGAUUCUUAUUGAAGAAAAUUCAAUAAUUCACGACAAAGUGAAAAACAAGCUUAAAGCUAAAACGAAGACUUCAUUUCAGUUAUUCUGUGAGUUGUCCAGCAUUCAUGGAAUGUCGAUGCUCUCACUGACCAAAUCAGCUUCAAUUUGUGAGCGAAUUGCCUGGAAAAUUAUAAUAAUUACUUCCAUUAUUAUCACAUGUUCGGUGCUGUACUAUUGGACUGCGAUUAAUUAUGAAACUCCGACCGUGUCUUUGAUUGAGACAAAUGCUUUCCCGGGAUAUAUAGUGCCCUUUCCGGCCAUCACUUUGUGCAGUUUGAAUCGGAUUUCGAAGAAGAAAGCUAUCGAAUUGGCUGAGAAGUUUUCCUUGAAUAGUAACUUGACGAGAGAAAAGAUUCUAGAACUGUUCGAGAUGCCCUUGUACAUAAAUGAGAAUGUUCACGCCAACAAGCAGGACUUUCAAAUGUUCGAUGAUCUGCUAUCGGCGAAUAAUUCAACUCUGUUGGAUUUGUUCUACCACACAAAUCCGGAUUGCAUGGAGGAAUUAAAGAGAUGCAUGUGGCAAGGUCGAGCUGUUCAAUGUGCGUCGAUCUUUGAGCCAGUUGUGGUCCUCAGAGGACGUUGCUGUGCUUUCAAUUAUUUUGCAAGGGAGGAUAAUCAAACAAAAAGAUACAAUAAAUUCCUGAUUCCAUCGCCCAAGCCCCGUCGAGUCAGUGGUUGUGGGUAUCAAACUGGUCUCACUGUCCUCAUCGAUCCUCAAGCCAGUGACUAUCAAGCUGGAGCUUUGAAAUUCCAUGGUUAUCGUGUGAUUGUUGCUGAUGCAUAUGAUUUCCCAGAAGAUAAUGGUAAUAAUGAAAUAUUUGGCAUACAACAAGAAGCUUAUGUGGCUGUUAAGACCACGGUAAUGAUUGGUACAACAUAUUUGAGGAAUAUGCCAUUGUGGAAGCGGGGUUGCAUUUUCGAUGCUGAAUAUAAAUUGAAGUAUUUUCGUGAGUAUUCUUAUUGGAAUUGUUUGGCUGAGUGUUUUAGCGGGAGAUUGUUGGAACACUGUGGAUGUGUUACACAUAAUAUGGUGCAACCAGAUGGGGUGCCUAUGUGUGACUUGAAGAAGUUCAAUUGUGUUUUGCAUGAAAACGACGCCUUUCAAAAACUCGUCGAAGACGCCGACAUAUUGGGCUCAAAAAUCUGCAAUUGUAUGGCAGAGUGUUCAUAUUUUAAAUAUCACACUGUUGUCUCUUCUGGACGUCUAAAUAGAACAUACGUCAAAGGAUAUCAUCGAUUUUUUAAAAAUAUUACAACAACCGAUGAAAUUCUCCUGCAUGUCUAUUUUAGUGACUUAAAUACUGCCAAAUAUCGUAUAGAUGCCAUUGAAAGUUGGCAAUCAAUAGUUGGAACAGUAGGCGGAAUAGCUGGAAUGACAAUGGGCAUUAAUGUCGUUUGCAUAGCUGAGGUGUUUUUCUUUGUAUGCAUUCGUCCUCUUUACAUGAAAUAUGUCAAGGCAAACUCUAAUCCUUAA